CCCACAUGCUGCCUGUCACUGCACUUGGCUGAGCCAACACUGCUCAAGUUGCUUACAUAAUUUCCUCUGACAGGCGGUGCCUUCGCUGUCUCAGGCUGAGAAAACUGAGAGUUUAGGGAUCAUCACUCUCAUCAUCACUGUCGCCAUCAUGAUAAUAAGCAUCGCUCUGAUUUGGGCCGUAGUCGUUGGAUUAUGCUGCCUUUUGUGGCUCGCCGUGGGGAUCCGACAUAGACAACCCGGUGAACCUGCAGUUGAGAAUGGCUUCAUCCCAUACCUGGGCUGUGCUUUACAGUUCGGCGCCAACCCACUCCAGUUCCUCCGCAGCCGUCAGAAGAAGUACGGCCACAUUUUCACCUGCAAGAUUGCGGGUCAGUACAUCCAUUUCCUGUGUGACCCCUUCUCCUACCACUCAGUCAUCAGACAAGGGAGACACCUGGACUGGAGGAAGUUCCACUUUGCUACGUCUGUCAAGGCCUUUGGCCAUGAUAGCUUUGACCCUCGCCAUGGCCACACCACAGAGAACCUUCACCAAACCUUUCUGAAGACCCUACAGGGUGAGGCUCUGCCCUCCUUGAUAGAGACCAUGAGUGGCCACCUCCAGGACGUCAUGCUGAAGUCGGACACGCUGACUGCUCGGGAGAACCACUGGGAAGUGGAUGGCAUCUUUGCUUUCUGCUACAAGGCGAUGUUUGAGGCCGGCUAUUUGACACUGUUUGGCAAAGAGCUUGGUGAAGAUAAGUGUCAGGCUCGGCAGGCGGCCCAGAAAGCCUUGGUGCUCAGCGCCUUGGAGAACUUCAAGGAAUUUGACAAGAUCUUCCCAGCAUUGGUGGCCGGUCUGCCCAUCCAUGUCUUCAAGAGUGCCUACAGUGCCAGAGAGAACCUGGCAAAGACCAUGAAUGCUGAAAACUUGUCUAAGAGAGAGAACUUGUCUGAUCUCAUCUCGAUGAGGAUCAUUCUGAAUGAUUCUUUAUCUACCUUCAAUGAUUUGAGCAAGGCAAGAACCCAUGUCGCACUGCUUUGGGCUUCGCAGGCGAACACCCUGCCUGCUACCUUCUGGUCUCUCUUUUAUAUGAUCAGGAGUCCCGACGCUAUGAAAGCAGCUCGUAAGGAAGUUCAAAAGAUUCUGGAUGAUUCAGGUCUUAAACCUGACCCCAGUGACCCCACACUGAACCUGACAAGGAACCAGCUGGACAGCAUGCCUGUUCUAGACAGUAUCAUAAACGAAGCACUGCGUCUUUCCAGUGCUUCCAUGAAUGUGCGCGUUGCCAAGGAAGACUUCCUACUUCACCUCGACAACCAAGAAGCCUACCGUAUAAGGAAAGACGACGUGAUUGCCCUGUAUCCGCCCAUGCUCCACUACGAUCCAGAGAUUUUUGAGGAUCCCUAUGAGUACAAGUUUGACCGCUUCCUCGACGAGAAGUGUCAGGAGAAAACCACUUUUUUCCGCAACGGACGUCGGCUGCGUUAUUACUGCAUGCCCUUCGGCUCCGGCGUCACCAAAUGCCCCGGCAGAUUUUUCGCCAUGUACGAGAUCAAACAAUUCCUCAGUCUCGUGCUGACCUACUUUGACUUGGAACUGCUCGAUCCCACCGUAAAAGUGCCACCGCUCGACCAGUCACGAGCAGGACUGGGAAUCCUUCAGCCGACCUACGACGUGGACUUUAAGUACAAGCUGAAAUCCCAACACUAGGCUCUGGUCUUUGCUAGCUACAGUGACUGAAGUACAUAUUGUACAUUGUAUAUAUUUAAACAGUGUUAAUGACAAUGCCUUGCUGUGUAUGUAAAUAGACAGUUUGUUGUCAUAAUUUGCUAAAGAAGAACAUUUGUUUUUUUUCUCUAUGUUUUGUUUCUUUGUUUUGUUUUUUCAUUUAAUGAAAGAGAAGCAGUAAUUUUUUACACAUAGAACAAUGACUGAAAUGUGAUAUUUUGCUAAGGAAAAUAAUGUGUGGAUAAAGUGGAGUUCAACAGUUGCCUCUCACCGUUGUGCAUUGGUUUGUGUGACAUAGGCAAAACAGGACACACUGAAACAUGGGUUCCAGCAAGAUUUCUAUCUUUCCCGUUAACAACAAAAAUGAAUUUUGUAGCU